AUGCGGGUGCGAACGUAUCAUCGACACCGCGUCAACAAGAGUAGUCCCCUUCUUGCUGCACUUGUGAUCAUUAAUGUUGCCUAUUCGUUUUUUUUUGCAUUCCCUAUUGUUGCUGCGUCCCUGGGAAACCGUUGGUAUAGAGGAAUUACUUCGAGUCAGCAGACAUGGUGUGUCUUGAUUGCAGUUUGUUGGUUUUUGGCGGAGCUGCCUCGUCUGUAUUUCGGUCACACAAGUAACAGUCAGCAGUACGUUCCUGGUCUUAUUUGUUUUUUGGGGUUGACAUUGUUGCCUCAACUUCCCCUCGUGAUUCUCUACAAUGUCAUGUGGCCGCAGCCGGACUCCCUCAAUUAUGCCGUCAGCAUUACGAUGCUCAUACUACUUGUGGCGGAGUUCUUGUGCUCAGUCAAGCUUUUGGGAACAUCUGUAAAAAGCAAUCAGAUAGAUUACUUUGUCUACACUAUGCAUGCAGCCAGAGAGUAA